CAGAAACACCGCAGGCUCGCCUGUGCUGAUGCCGACGGCAAGGGGAAGCCGGAAGUUGGAGCAAAAGUUGGACCAGGAGGUGCCUUGUGGAUCAGGAGUAAGGGUUGGGAAGUGUGGGCGCUGCAAGAAUAAGAGUCUGGGAUGGUGUGACAAGUCAAAGGCGUUCUUUUGUGAGCAAUGCUGGAGCGAGUAUGAUUCCUAUCAAGGGGAAGAUGGUGAGGACUAUACAGGAAAGGUUUGGCAUGACGCUAUCCUGGCGGAAGGCCACCAGGAUGAUGGAAGCGGAUCUGAUGAUGAUGGAGAGCUAGUGAUGGAGUUUACAAAAAGCACGCUCUUGAGACUACGACCAAACCAGACAUUGGGAUACAAUGAUGCUAAUGACAUUCACAAUUGUGACGAGGAAAACAACGCGGUAGCUCCACUUUCAGCAGACUUUGGUGCCAGAAAAGCAUUUGAUUCAUUGAUUAGAAUCGGUAGCGGUCCUGUAGAACUGCAACAAGCACAUAUUAUCGUGGUGGUGGACACAUCUGGCUCCAUGAGAACCCUUGACGUGCAACCGGAACAAGGCACCAAGUCAUUGUCUCGCAUACUUGCAGUUUCAGAAUCGCUCUGUGGCUUCUUUGAGAAGCAAAAGCAAGCAGCUUCCCCACAUCAUUUUUCACUGGUUUCGUUCAGUCAAGACAGUUACACCCAUUUUGUUGGAAAGACAGCGGCAGAGUCGGUGGAAUAUAUGAACAAAUCCAGCUGCUUUGUUGCGAGAGAUGGUACACACUUUGUGGAAUCUUUGCCAGCUGUAAGGAAUAUCCUACGGCGGGAUUUUGCACAUACACCCCACCUCCUAAUUUUCAGCGAUGGGAGGCCUGCUGAUGGUACUCAGAAGAUUCAAUCGGUACAGAGACUGCUAGAUGAGCAUCCCCGCUUGCGAAUACAUGCAAUCGGAUUUGGUGAUGGCUUGGACUUUGAGUGGCUACAGCAGUUGACGUCAAUUGGAAAGGGGACCUUCGCUCCAUCCGGUCGAUCUGUUCUGGAAUUGGAUCAUGCCUUCACAUCUGUGACUUCGACAAUUACAGAGAUGCAGAGUGUUUCCAGUCAAACUAGCAAGUCCAGUGCCUUUUCCUUCACUCAAGGUUUCUCAGGACCAGACAACGCAUCUAAGAAAAGCAGCUUGACUCCACGCUCUUUCACCUUCGAAGCAGCAAACCAGUUUCUUUGGAAUACAGAGCGCUCAAUCAAGUUUCGAAGUUGUCGUAGGUUGUUUCGAUUUAAUGGACGAGAUUUCAAGCAAGACUCUCAUGAACUCCGGGAAAGCCCAGUGAGCAUGAGAUUGCAACCCUUCAUGCAAGGUGGGAUGCGUCUUGUCUACUGCUUCAAAGAUCCUUCAAUAAGGCUUCAUUCCAAUCGCACCAAUCUGACAGAUACAGAUGCGCGCAUGGUGGCAAAGAUCUCAAAAUAUGUGGACAAUUGUCACAACUCCUCUGAAGUUGUUAUGGCCUAUGCAAAGAGCAGUGCAGUUGCAAAAUUCUACGCGCGUAUUUUCAAGCUUGCAGCUGUGGAACGUUUUGGCAGUACUGGUAACGGCAUGUUAAAACUCAUGUUUGUGACUUCGUAUGUGUACAAGGCAGAAGAAGACAAAGCUCCAGCACCCUUUGUGAUUGGAGAGCGCUUUCUGCCUGGGGUCUUUUGCAAAUACAACUCGAAUCAUGGGUAUGUGAAUUUUGAUGCACCGGAUUCGGAAAUCGCUCAAGCGUUCUCACACUUCACAUUUCAAGCGAGUGGCGGGAAACACAUGGUUUUGGAUUUGCAAGGUGUUUAUUUGGGCAAAGCCCAGAGAUACCGACCGCAUUUGAUUCUAACCGAUCCUCAAGUCGUGUCAUUGGACAAGGCCUUUGGGCCGGGCGAUUUGGGUGACAAGGGAAUGCGUGCCUUUUUUCAGUCGCACCAGUGUGGCCCCACUUGCAGGCAUAUGGGCCUUGAUCCGCAUGCAUGGAAGAGAAUGCGCCAGGCUAUGCGCAAGGGAACCAGUGCAGGUUUGACUCCUUCCCCCAGCAAUUCUGCAGUGGAUGCAUCUGGAGGCUCCCGAGGCCACACUGGAAGCAUUUCAUGCCUCCGGAAAUCCGACGUGCGAUCUCCACCAACCCCUCUGGAAGGCGCAGUGCAUGUCAAGACCAAGCCACGUCCAGAAGUGGCUGCAAGUUCGGAAUCAUCUUUGGAGGCUCUGCUGAACCGACCUCCACCCUCCAAGCCCGGUCCACUCUCGGCACUCAUAGCUCGAUCGGCAGCUGGAAGACCGGAUUUUGAAAGGCUGUGGGCAAGAAGGCCACCAAGCUGCGAGCUUGGAACCACCUCUUCUGAGAUGCACAGCUCAAGUGACAAGGCCUUGGUGAGAGAGGGCACUCGGACCCUUGUGCAACAUUGCUUGGAUGCUGAAGCAGCUGACAAACCGCUUGCCAUUCGCAAGCAACUCGAGGAUGCACCUGUGACAGCCACUGAACCGAUGGACGAGGCAUCUACAAGCUCUGUGAGACCUGCAGUGACAACCCUUGCAGUGACAAGUCGCGAGACACCAGGCGACCCAGUUGACCACCAGUUAAAGAAAACCAUUGUGUAUGGCCCUGGUGCUUCAAAACUUUCUCUCAUGGCUUCAUGUAGAGCGAUGGUUCUUGAAGCAAUCCAGUCUCGCUUCGCGAUUCCGGAAGAGGAGCAGCACUUGCUUCAAGACUCGUCCGAGCCCAAUGUGGACUUCUACCGCGUGGAGCGGAAGAUGGAUCCGCGGAAGUUGCGCUUCACACAGGAGAGGAUCAGCCCGACAUUCCGUGAUGGAAGGCAGAUCUACCAACUUCUGAAUGAUCUGAAUCAGCAGGUGAUCGACCCCUUGAGAGAGUUAGAGCCACUGGAUGUCGUGUGGCACAAUGGUUUUUGGCGAUCCUUGUCCAACCGAAGGCUCUGGGCGUUGAAGCAUUGUGAUUGCCAGCCGCUCUUUGUUCGGGUGCAUGUGAGAGAGCCAGAUGCUGAGUUCAGAUCAAAGUCGUCAUCGACCAGCGACGGAGUCUCUGUUUUGAUUGUUCCACGAUCGCGGUCCCCUUCGCCCGUUUUUAACAGAUAAGCGAAUGGAUAUCACUAGGUUGCGCAGUCAGCCAACGGUUCAAAAGGUGCUUGACAGUUGGUGCCUUUCAGCGCUCAAGUGUGAAGAGAGCCCUGGCGCUGACGAGGGCUGGCGCAAGAAUCGAUGUUGUCAGCGUGAAUGAAUACAAACUGCAAACUGCUUAGCUGCUGCUGGUUCAAGUUUCAGAUGUACGACGCAUCAAUUGCCAGCAAUCACAGCUGACAUCAGCUGACAAAUGAUAGGACAACUAAGUCAUAAGUUGUUCCCACCUCUUGUGUGGGGGUUUUACUUUUGCUGUGCAUCCCGUCCGUUUCCGCAUCAGCCGCCCUGUCCUCCCUCUACUCCUCCCACCUUCCCCAUCACUCUUACUCUCACUCACUUACGCUCACUUACGCUCACUUGCACUCACUCAUACUCACUCACGAACUCAUGUUAUGUUAUAUAUGUUG